GGAAAUGACGUCACAGUAAUUGUUGACAACAAAAUGGUGUCCUCCAUAUUCCUUAAAAAACAAUGAGAGAAAGAGAUUAUAGGAAAUAAUCUGAUUAUUUCUUUUUAUAUUGUUUUAAUUAGUCAAUACCGUGCAUUGAUACAACAUCGAAAUGCCUCCCAAAAAGAAGAAGAGUGGAAAGAAGGGGAAGAAAAGUGCCAAGAAGUCUGGCCGAGGAUCACCUUCCAAAAGUAUCGAAACUAGUAUGAAUGAACUAUCAAAAGAAUACUUCAUAAUACAAAUUCGAGACUUAGAAAACAGAUUACAGAGGUACCAGAAAAGAUGUGAUGAGUUGGAAGUGAACAGAGGAAAUAACAAUGACAAGUUUGAACAACUUGAAAAACAGAAGAAUGACAUCGUGGAUUACCUCAAGAAAGAAAUUAACAAGAAAAAUGAUGACAUUGAGGAUUUGAAUGAGCAGCUGAUUGGAAUACAACAGACAAGGGAGCUGGAAAAAGAACAGGCCCAUGCCACAAUUAAACAGAUCAAAACGGAGCUCCAGGAGACCAAAGAUCAGCUUACAUCUGACAAUAUGAUCUUAGGUGGUAAAUUGGCAUCUCUGGAGGAGUUCAAAGUUCACAGAGAAGAACUGAUGGCAAAGUUUGCUAACAUGGAAGAAGAGCUCAAACAGAAGGAUGAAGACCACAAAUCUGCCAUUUAUGAUCUUGAAAAGAAAGCUGUCCUAGAUAAAUCAAGGUUAAAGUCAGAAAUGGUGCAGAGAGUGAACCAAGUGGCAGCAGAAUUUAGAAGAGUAUCAAAUAAACAAAUGGCAGAGACCACAAAAAACACCAUCAGGGAAAAUGUCUCCAUCACUGCUCAGCUAGCGAAAAUGUCGGACAAAACCAUGGAACUGAUUCAGGAAAAUGAUGAAAUGAAAAAGAAAGAGAAACAACAAAAACAGCAUAUAGAAAUGUUAGAGGAUAAUGAAAAAACGCUAGCCAAGAAAAAUCACAGUCAUCAAAAGUUGAUCAAGAUGCUGACAGAUAAAUGUAGAAACCAGGAGGCUCUUAUUGCUGAGUUUGACUCCCGGGAGCAGGAAUACCAGGAGCUGGAUGCGGAAAUUGAUUUUCUCAAACAGCAAGUAGAAUCACAAAGAGAGGAAAUCCAGAAUCUUGCAAAAGAAAAUGAACAGUUAGAGGAUAGUUUGAAAGAUGCUAACACAAACUACAUCACCGAGAAAAAGAACAAAGGGAAAGUUGAUAGAAUUUUAUAUGAUGCAGGAGAAGCUAUCAAAUUAAUGCUUAAGAAGUCAGAUGAAACUGAGUCAGAAGAUGGCUACAAUGAUAUUGAGAAGAAAGACAACAUGUUGGAAAAUUUACUCAUCUUACUAAACAGUGCUGCUGCCAUUGGCAUUGGUCCUCAACCAGAGGACUUUGGAAGAUAUGAAAUGCCACAGAAGAGUGCCAGUGAAAUGCCUGGAUCAAGACAAGGGAUCAAGAGGGGAAUGCUUCCAAUGUCUCCUGUGGCUAAGAGUGGAGGCACACAUCCCCAUUAUCAACUUGGGGAUCUUGGUUUGAUUCCUCGACCAAAGAACCACAUUCCAACCAGUGUAGACAAAAUGAGGGUCCUGUCUGCCACCACUAGGCUGGGUGGCCUUCGUAAAGUACUGACCAAGUCUGUAGCUGUUCAAACUGUUAGUGCCCCCAAGGCAUUAUUUUACGCUGAUCAGCUUCUCAAUAAAGCUCCUGUUGGUACUCAGGAGGCAGUCAUUGCCAUGACAACAGAUCGAAUUAGGUCACCAGGAGUACCCCUGGGUCCCAUACAAACUUCUAAACAAGUGACCAGUAAAGUUUUUUAAUGUGAAACUAUAAUCACUGCAUGUUAGUCACAUGUGGCAGGGAUUCACAUGGAUGUUGUAAAAUUUUCUCAAAGACACAAAACAGUUGGUGUCUAGUGCAUGCUUAAAAUCCAAUGAAUUUCAUUGAUAUUUUCAGAUUAUGAAGUUCAUGAUUUAAUAUAUUCAACAUGCUUUUUGUCUGUGAUAUUUGAUUGUGUAUUCCACACAAUGAUGAAUUGUUCAGGAUGCUUAAGGUUUGAUAACAGCUCAAGAUUAUUUGUUUUUCCCCAAUAUAUGUAAAUCAAGUAAGUAUUCAUUGUUUUAAAAUGGAGAAGAUUCCCUCUGUUACAUAAUAACAACUGCAACAGAGAAUUAGUGAUUUUUAUAUUGUAUCAAAAUGCAAUUGACAUAUUCUAUCAUGAAAAGACUUGUUGUUACAAAUGUCAAAUAUGUCCAAGUUGUAAAUAUGUACAGUUAUAUUUCACUCAAUAAAGCAUUUAAUGUAAUAAUAAUUUCU